AUGUCCCCUGCACCGGUCUGUCCCCGCCUGCAGACAGUGUCAUUACCACUGACAAGCUCUCUGGCUUUUUCCCUGCGCAUAAAGCUGAACGAUCUGCUAAUAUGUCGCCGUGUCUUCGUGCCCUCCGACUGCUUUGCAGUUUCGCUUUCCUCAGGCCAAGCUGACGAGCCGUCUCCAGUUCUCUCCCUGGCCAUUUCGCCAAACACCGAGGCACUCCUCAGGGGGGAAGUACUCUCCUCCAGUUUCAUCCUUACUGUCGGGGCCCUCAGGGUAGAUAGGCUAGGCAGAAUUAGGGAGGCUUCCGACUCUCUUGCCCGGACAGUCGACGACAAUGACAGUUACCUCUGUCCGAUCGGCUAUCGAGGUGGUUACGUGCAUCAACCUCGACGGGAACCAGUCUCUCAGGCGCGGCCCGUUUCUAGACCCAUCAUCCUUAGUCCGCCGCGAAAGUCGCCCACUGAUGCUCCGCCUCCGACGACCGUAUUUUCUCGACAAUCAAGUCACAUGGUCUCACCGACUAUGACAGCGUCAAUCAACAAUGCCAUCUCGUUGCCCACAUCUUCUACUAGACCGAAUUCCAUUGUUACUGAGAAUCUACCUCUUUCUCCCCGAUUGGGGCGGGCUGAGACAAGGCCACUGCCUCGACCAUCGCCCCUGGAACAUCCAUCUUCUGCUCCACGUAUCGUCAGUGCCAUGUCCCUGUCAACACCAGCGCCUAACCCCAGUAUGAUGAACAUUCCAUCGUUCGAUUCCGUUGUUGUGUCCGCACCCAAAGUUCGCACCCUGAUUAACGGCGAGCCACAGAUGGAGAACAUCGCUCGGCCCCUAAACUACACACCUGCAGAAAAACGAACUUAUUUGCAUGCUGGACUUCCUAAUGCCAGUGUCUAUGAGUCCAAACGCAUAUCACUGCCUCCAACUCAGAACAGCCAGACUAUGUUCAUCCGGUUUACUACUAAUUCAAACAACAAUCGUGCGCCACAGCAGCUUAUUGCCACGCGUGGAGGCCAGACAGUUGUACUGCGGUCGACUAAGAACCUAACACCCGUACAGCUGCCUACGAGUCUCAGUAUCUCCGUGUCUAGGCCCUCCUCUAUCACAACGAACAGUGUCCACUCCAUCCGGCCUACCAAUAUUGUGACUCCCACUGUCGCCAUCAAACUGAACCCUGUGGACGGAACGCAGACGUCUGCCAUUGUCCCGGAACUCGGUAAACCGCUCGCUCCCCCAGACUUCCACCUGGCCUCACAGCUCGAUGCUUCUGCUGUCUCCACCAUGCGUAUCCCUCAAAUCGCCCAACUUGAUGGCAUCGACGACCGCGGUCUCUCGUCUAAAGGCGGUUCCGUGUCAGGCAAAAAUGCCCGUCAGGCGCGUAAAGGAGUUUCAGUCAAAAAGAAGUGGAUGGUCGAGCGAGAGAAUCGUGAAGAAUUGAGGAAUCUAAUCAGUAAAGCUAAACAGGAGAAUUGUGACCGCCUCUACCAACGCGAGUUGACCACCCAUGCGGAAUCUUUUCGUCUUUCCUUCUCCGUUGACAACGUCAUUAAGGCGGCUGCAACUCCCGCGGCCGCCUGGGGUGCUGUUCUCCAACGCGUUGCGCAGUUGCGUUCACAGCAGGGCUUGACCCCUCUGACUCCUCGGUCUGUCGACGGAUGGACGCAGUUUGGACUGAACCAUCGUCACGUAGUCUUCCUCGUCGAGCAGCUGACUAAUGCGUUCACUUGCUACCGUUACCGAUUUCGUUACCAUCAGUACCGAAUUGAUCGACUUCGAGAAAUGUUUACACCCCCUGUUCCGGUCCGUGAGGGCUGUGCACGCGCCAUGCCCUGCCCCGUAUCUCCCCGCAAUAAUGGCAUUGCUCGAGAUCCCCUGGAUUUCCUCUCCUGCCGC